GAUGAACAUGACUAGCGGGUGGUGCAAUGAUUUCUGUGAGAGUCACAAGAACAACCUGAGGGAGAGGGGGGGGUUGUGCUCCUGUUGCGUUCAAUGACGUGCCGAUUGGAAGGAAGCAUGGGAGAUGGAUGCUUGCAUGGUGGUGAGCAUACAGAGGCACUAUAUUACUAUACUAUACAUCCGGUACACUCUAUGAAUGCGAACAAACCUCCAUCCCUCCAGCCAAACAACAAAACGAAAGGCCCAAAUAUUCAGUGAUAUCACAAUCAAACCCAACCCUGCUCCUCAUCAAAACAGCCCCAAUCCCACUCUCAAACAAGUCCGAUUCAAUUCUAAUCCCGACUCCCUAACCACUAGCCUCGAUUCUCCACCCACACAAAGAAUUACAAUCGGAACACCCCUGCAGACUACCUUUACACUCACGGCAUACAGCAAGGGAUGUGAUCUACUCGGACAGAGGCCUUUGAAUCGGCGCAGAAGGAAACCAGUAGUCGUCUAUAGGCAGAGCCACGAGAGUGACCACGCCGCAGCAUAUGACACGUCGUGUAACCAGACCCGAAAAGAUAAGAGACACCGAAACGGUAGAAGAGAUUCAUCGUAAAACAUAAUUCACACUGCCAGACGACUGCCUAGGCUAGACCAAAGGCUACAGCAUCUCAACGGCUUAAUGUUAUUUAAGCCAAAGUCCU